AGAUUUACUGUAUGUUGCUAGCAUUGGAGUGUUGAGGUAACAUUCGGAAUGCCCUUGAAAUGUAAUUUGAAUUGAUUCGCAAGGCGUAGUAACAAAAACACAAAGCGUCGCGCCCUUCUGUUUAAGUAAAUCUUGACCCCCCCAUUUCAAAACGGAUAAAAUAUUUUUUAUCCUGCAAAAAUUUUUGUGGUAGUGGAGGAACUCAGUGGACGAUGGGACAAAAAACACAGAGACGACGAUGGAAUUACUUCAUAAGACCUACCUUGCAGAGGAGAAGGUGGGGCGCGUUAUUGGUCUUGGUCGGCGUGGGGUUUUUGACUUUUCUCCGAAACCUCGGAACCCUUCGCAGAGCCGGCGAAGACGGCGGUCUCCGAACCGAAACCACAGAGUCCGCAUUUGCGUACGAUGUCGACCGCUGGAACCGACACAAACCGAAGAUCGUGAUUCUGGCCGGUCCGCACAAAACCGCCUCGACCAGCCUCCAGGAUUUUUCGGUCCAACUGGCUGGUCAAAGCAUCUCUCUCGACGACGACAACAUCGACACACCUAUUCUACCGCAUCCGUCCAACAAAAAAUGGAUCUGGCCCCUCCCCUACAGUGAAUCAAGCGACGGCCUGCCGUUUCGAAAGAGCAACAAAGCAAAAAGCCAUGCAGCGCUCGCAUCGUUCCUCACUAUGAGACGAUUUGGUUUCUGGUUUCCAGAAUUCAAGAAGCUUCACAGCGGUAUCGCACGGAAGAAAUUCCGUGUCAGAGUCGAGGACUACUACCGGUCCUUGUUUCGCAAAGCGUGGGAGAGUAACAAGAAUAUUUUGAUUGGAGCCGAAGCCUUUGAUGGCAUCGUGAGACAUCUGGCAUACGACACUGAUGACGACGAAAUCAAAAAGGUCGGAGAAGAUACCCACGUCCCGUCAGAUGCCGACAAGAGCAUCCAAACAUUGAUGAGACUGUUCGUCUGGGAUGGGAGUGAAAAUGACACCAGUCGCAGAGCGCCACCAAGAUUGGAGGAUUUCGAGGUCCACGUUAAUUACCGAUUGCCAAGACUUGAUCACGUGAUAUCUAUAUGGCACCAGACGGGACAGCACACAACCCUAAAGACUUUCUUCGCCAGGAACAACCAGCUUUGGCAACUGAAUUCUCUGGCCUUGGCGUUGCAGUUUGUACGCAGGGGUAUCAAAACCACAAUUGUCGACAUGAAGGGUGUUACCGAAAAGGAAGACCGAGAAAGUGCUGCUGGUAUCGCAGCGACAGCGGCAGAAGGAACAAACAUCAUCAAAGGAUUGAAAGGCGUGGUUGCCUGUGACAUUCUCCAAAUGGACGAUGGAAAGGGCCAAGCCGCUGUCGAGAGCGAUGCGAACUCGUUGUGGUGCGACGAGCACAGCUGGUUGCACCUACCGCAUCCAGCUUUGGAUUCCAGUAGGAAAAACACCAAGGAAGAUCUUGCGGAACUCGGAUUGACCGAGGAAGCACUGAAACAAAUAGACCUGGAAGUCAGCAGAUACGAUUGCGAUGUAUGGAAGAACUUGGAACCCUACAUAUCGAAAGGAACCCUGCGGAUAUUGUAUCCAUCCAAAGAUCUGUUUUCGAAAUGCAAUCCCCACGCGCCGGCAGUAUCCUUCCUCGAAACGUUGGUGAAAAUCACUGCCAUUGCAAGGGAUGACGUUAUACGGAAGUAGCCUAAAAAGACACCGUCGUGGUUCGCAAGAUAAUUGCUUGACAAUUAAGGCGCUCGAAGAGGAAGGAAAAUACAACAUGAAGGAACGAUGAGCCAAUCAUGAUUGUUUCGGAUUAUUGGAUCGUUUGUUGAACUUGAAAUGCAUUACCCGAGCACUGACAAGAGAAGUAUUGUACAGAAACACUAAACAAAAUAGGAUGUGUCGUUACAACGCUGGUUCCAAAGCAAGAUCAAUAGUUCAACAAAGUAUUCAUUUGAUCCGGAGUCUCUUUAUCCACAAACCGAAUCGAUUCUUUUGCAACGUUCAAAAUAAGAAAAAAAUUACUCGGUUGUUGGAGUGACAAAUACUAAAACUCCUGACGAGACUACUAGAGAGGAAAAUAAGUGUGGAAAUACAAUGAACAACGAUAGUUUUGCAAAUCUCUCGAGCAAAAUCAAUGUAUGCGAUACCUCUACGAAAUUUGAAAACAGGAAAUGAAUUUUCACCUUCUAAGAAUCAUUAACACUAGCGGGCAGCAUGGGCAACACUGACUCCAUUCAUCAAUCGAUUUGCCUUCUUGUCCAUUCUGUUUGUAUUCUUGCCCAAGGCCUUGUUUCGGAUUUUCUCCCAUUUCGCGUCGCCCCGGCGUUGCUUUCGAAUAGCGGCUCUGAAUCGGUACAAGGACAAGGUCGAGAAGGUUGCCGGGGUUCCGCUGUCCCCUCCGCCGGUGGCCACCAGAAUGCCCUUGCCGGCACCGCGGACCUUGUCGUGCUUGAGGUUGUGAUCGUAGAUAUUGACGACACGACCGUUGUACAUGCGCUCUCCCGAGGCUUUCUUGGCGGCCACAAUGGCGAGGCUUUUCGUUGUAUCGGCGCUGACUUUUUGGUCGUAGUACCGCCUCAGGGCACGGUGACCAACGACGCGUCCGUCCGGGAAGACAAGCUCGCCCAGGGCAUUAACGUUCAAUCCAAAGCGCUUGAUCUCUUGCUCGUAGCCAUCGAACAUUUCCUCUUCCUCGCCAUCCGACAUAUCUUCCCAUCCGUCAUCGUCUCCGUCGUUGCCAUCCGUAACCAUAUCUGAAGCAGAGUCGUCGUCGUCAGUAACAUUGUUGCUUUGGAUCUUGUCGACAAAUUCCUUGUCUUCCGAUCUGAAGUCAUAAAAUGGAUCCAGUUCU